AUGGAAGUGGGUGUUCUAAAAGAUAAAGAGGACAGUGAACCUCUAGAGAACAAUAAAAAACACAGAACAGGAAUUCAAAAGCUCUUCUACAUAUCUAACAUCUCAAGGCCAUAUAUUUCAUCAGCAGUUGGUAGACUGCACAGAAGGGUGGACUCACCAGCGAAAAAGAACUUGAAUGCAGUGAAAAGGAUUGGACAAUAUUCAAAAAGAACAGCAGAUUUUGAAUUGCUCUUGCUGGCCUGCAAGGAUGCUAAAUUGAUAGGCUACAUGGAUGCAAACUGGGCUGAAGACCAAAAGGAUAGAAAAUCAACUAGCUGCUAUGCAUUCUUCAAUGGAGGAGAAGUAAUUACUUGGAUGAGCAGAAAACAGUCAAUUGCGGCUUCUUCCUCCACUGAGGCUGAAUACAUUUCUGUAGCACAAGCAUGUCAAGAAGUGUGGUUGCAUAAGCUUCUUGAAGACUUUAAAAUAAAUGAAGCAAAGCCAACCAUUAUGUAUGAGGAUAACUAA